AUGGCUCCCAAUGAAGCCCUUCAGUAUAUGGGGAUUAUCAGGUUGCUUAAACAUUUUGGAUGGUUGUGGGUCGGGCUUUACGUUGUGGAUGAUGACAGUGGUGAACAUUUUGUGCAAGCUCUGGAGCCAUUGCUAUCCCAGAAUAAAAUCUGUUCGGCUUUCACAAGGAGCAUCCCACAACGAUCCCAUUUGAAUUCUUUGGAUGACAUUGGCAGUGCAGCAAGAAUUCUUUCUACAUCUUUCACAGAGAGUAACACCAGCACAUUCAUCCUCUAUGGAGAGUCUAGAACUAUAGUAGCACUGAAUAUGUUUAUGUUCCUAAGAGGUACCAUUUCCUGUGGAAGGGUAUGGAUUAUGACAGCCCAGGUUGAUUUCACAUUAUCGAGCCUUGAAAAGAAUGCAAAUUUAGAAUUGUUCCAGGGAGCCCUUUCUUUCGUGAUACAUUCCAGGGAGCUUCUAGGAUUCCACCAAUUCCUUCAGAACAUAAAACCUGGCUGGACUGAAGGGGAUGGUUUUCUCAAGGAAUUCUGGCAGCAAGCAUUCAACUGUGAUGGGUUAACCCCCCAGAUGUCAACAGAAAUUGAUGGAAUAUGUACCGGGGAGGAGAGGCUGGAGACCCUUCCUAGGACCUUUUUUGAAAUGGACAUCAGUGGCCACAGCUACAGUAUCUAUAAUGCAGUCUACGCCAUAGCACAUGCUUUACACAUCAUGGAUUCAGCUAGAACAAAGCACAGAGCAAUGGUGGGUAGCAGAAGUAUUGAAAUUCAAGCCCCGCACCCUUGGCAGCUUCACCCAUUUCUUCACAGUGUUUUGUUUAAUAACUCAGUUGGAGAAACAGUGUCCUUUAAUGAUGAAAGGGAAAUGGGAGGUGGAUUUGACAUCGUGAAUAUGGUCACAUUCCCCAAUACCUCCUUCCAGAGAAUGAAAGUUGGAAGGCUGGAUCCUGAUGUUCUUGGAGGAGAAGACUUCAUCAUCCAUGAGGAAAUGAUUGUGUGGCAUGGAGGUUUUAACCAGGCACUGCCCCUUUCUCUGUGUAAUGAGCAUUGCCAACCUGGUAGUCAGAAGAAAAGUAAGGAAGGGAAGAAAUUUUGCUGCUACGAUUGUGACCAGUGCCCUGAAGGGAAGAUUUCAAAUGAAACUGACAUGGCUGACUGUUUCAACUGCCUAGAAGAUCACUAUCCAAGCAAGAAUCAUGAUCAGUGCAUCCCAAAGUCUAUACACUUUCUUUCUUAUGAAGAACCUUUAGGAAUCAGUUUAACCUCAGCUGCUGUUUCCUUGGCCCUGAUUACAGCCUUGGUGCUAGGAAUCUUUUUGAAGUACAAAGAUACCCCCAUUGUUAAAGCCAACAACAGGGACCUCACCUACACUCUCCUCAUCUCCCUCCUACUCUGCUUCCUCUGUUCUUUGCUCUUCCUUGGACAACCAGGGAAACUGACCUGCUUUCUUCGGCAAUCUGCUUUUGGCAUUAUCUUCUCCAUGGCUGUGUCUUGUGUGUUGGCCAAAACCAUCACUGUGGUGGUCGCUUUCAUGGCCACCAAACCAGGGUCCAAUAUGAGAAAAUGGGUGGGGAAAAGACUGGCCAACUCCAUUGUUCUUUCCUGUUCCCUCAUCCAAGCUGGCAUUUGUGCCAUCUGGCUUGGAACCUCUGCUCCAUUCCCAGAUUUGGACAUAUGGUCAAUGCAUGAAGAAAUCAUAGUAUUAUGUAAUGAAGGCUCAGUUGUUAUGUUUUACACUGUCCUGGGCUACAUGGGGCUUCUGUCCUUCAUCAGCUUCACUGUGGCUUUUCUGGCUAGGAAGUUGCCUGAUAGCUUCAAUGAAGCCAAGUUCAUCACCUUUAGUAUGGUGAUCUUUUGCAGUGUUUGGUUGUCUUUUGUUCCAAGCUAUCUGAGCACCAAGGGGAAGUACAUGAUAGCUGUGGAGAUCUUCUCAAUCUUGGCCUCCAGUGCUGGGUUACUAACUUGCAUCUUUUCCCCCAAAUGCUACAUUAUCAUAUGCAGACCUGAGCUGAACAACAGAGAACAACUAAUUAGAAGAAAGAAUUAG